UAGGUUCUGGUGCUUAGCCGUGGCGUUGCUGGCCUCCUUGGGCUUCGUUUGCACAAUCUUGAGCCAGCUGGCGAGCUGAGCUGCAUUCAUUUGGCUGCAGUGGUACAUGCUGCAGCGCUGCCGGCUGCACAAGCAUGAGCCGGCUGCAAAUACUCGAACCGAACGCGUCAUUACGCUUUGAGUGCGACGGCGCAGACCUGCACUACGAGGUCUGGGAGCCUGACGGGUCCGUCAAAGGAACGCUCUACCACUCGCAUGGCGUCUGCGAGAGCAACGAGACGACGAACACGCAACGCCUCGUGCAGCGCGCGGUCGCGAGGGGCUGGCGCGUCGUCUGUUUGGAGCACGAAGGCCACGGCCUGAGCAGCGGUGCGCGCGCCGUCGUUUCAAUGGAUCGCUGCGUACAACUGUUCGAAGCGUUCGUCAGGUCGAGACUUGGAGAGGGCGCGUGGGCCCUGAGCGGGGCUUCGAUGGGCGCCAACGUCGUGCUGUAUGCCGCCCAGCGCCUCAGCUCCCUGGAAGGCUACGUGGGCACCGUCUUGUUCGGCGCGGCGGUCGGUGUGGACCCGAGGGCCGUGCCGCCGGCUCUGGUCGUCGGCGCGCUGCGCGUAGCCAGCUUUUUCAUGCCAGAAGCAUCGCUUGGCGCGACGCCGGUCGAGGAGCCCGACGGCUACGCGCUGCCCGCCGACUCGACGCGGAACUUCCGGGGCCAUUGGCCGCUCGUCACGGCGAAGGAGCUCCUCGACGCGACGCGAGACGCCCUCGCCGACGCGAAAGCUUCGAAGCGCGGCCUCGACCGGUUCCUCGUCGUCCACGGCGCGCAGGACCACGUCGUCCCGUUGUCAUGUGUCAAGGAGUUCCUCGCAGCGGCGCACCUGCCGCCCGAGGCGCUGCGGGUCGUCAAGAAGGGCGGCCACGACCUCACCGGCGGCCGGGGCGGCGACGAGGCGUGCGCGGUCGCGCUGGACUGGUUAGAGAGGUGUAACAAUCAG